CGAAAAGAAGAUACGAAAGGAACUUGCGAGCGAAAGAGAGAGAAAAAGAGAGAGAGAUUUGAUUGGGGGGGAUAUGUGAGAGAGAGAGAGUGAUGGAAGGACCUCCGGCGAACGAUCGUUGUUCGAUAUGCCAUGGAAGCUUCAAUCUUCCAUGCCAAGCCAAUUGCUCUCACUGGUUUUGCGGUAAUUGCAUUCUUCAAGUUUGGAAUUAUGGAUCAGCCCUUCAACCAUGUAAAUGUCCUUUAUGCCGUCGUCAAAUUACUUUGUUGAUUCCCAGUGAUGCUUCAUCACGGCAGCGUCAUAAUUCUGACGCUGCUGAGAUUUUGGGAAAGAUUGAAAGAUACAACCGUUAUUUUGGUGAACGCUCAAAUGGUCUUAUUCAGAGAUUGCGAGACCUUCCUUUUCUCCUCAGGAGGUUGUUUCGUGAUAUAAUGCAGCCUCAACGAUCUCUUCCGCUUGUUAUCAGGGCACGCGUCUAUUUGGCA